CCCUCUCAUCGAGGUUUUAACACAAUACAGAGCUGGCGGCCUCAGUAGUGCCUUGGACUGUAGCAGACGGAGCGCUUGAGCAAGUACCAACAUGGACAUCAAACUUCUGCCACUGAUGCUUCUGUUGGCCGUGGUCACACAUGGACCUACAAGUACCGCAAAGCCCAUCAGUCUGGUGGAGAGGUGUUGGUGUCGUUCUACUCUCAACACGGUUCCCCAGCGCUCCAUCAAAGAACUCAAGUUCCUCCACACACCCAACUGUCCUUUCCAAGUCAUUGCCAAACUGAAGAGCAACAGGGAAGUUUGCAUCAACCCAGAAACCAAGUGGCUGCAGCAGUACUUAAAGAACGCCAUAAACAAGGUGAAAAAGUCAAGAAGACGCAACAAUAAGAGGAACUAAGUCUGAGGGAUGUUGGUCAAGCACCCUCGGAUCCAACCUGUGUACCUCCUUUCCACUGCUAUGGAUGUAUGUAAACACGCUGUAUGUACCUGUCCACCUCUCUGGACUGCUUGCACAAGAAGCACUUCACCGCCAAUUUGUGCCACCCACCACAGGCUUCUCUGGAUGUCCACACAGUCCCACCCGUAACCCCCAAACCCUCCACGGUAGCACCAAGUGCGAUUAAAACCUGUCUUGCAACAAUUGAUGCAAAUAAGGUCACUUGUGUGAGUGCUGGCUGAUCAGCUCAAGCGUGUGUGUAGAAAAAGGCAUUUUGAAUUUUCUCUUUGAACAGAUUUACGGGUAAUGAUUUUGCCCACCACUUUAUGUCAAGUGUCCUUUAGUCAUUCCGAAUUAUAAUUUGUAUCAUUUUUAUAGGCGGGUCACACUAACACAACUUUCUCAAGAUCUUUUGAAAUACUUGAUUUGUGCUAUGAUCAAGAAUGUCAAUUAUCCACUAAGUAGAUAUAUUCCGACUUUCUGCCUUAUGUAUGUGAAAAUGGCACUAUUUUUAAACACUAUUUUCUAGGAAUGACAAACAUGCCGCAAAGCACUGGUUCAUGUGGUGCUACACAUUCAGGAAGCGUUUUUAUUAUUCAUACGGUUUGUACUGUUUAGAUCAUGCAAAACUAUAAUCAGCUCAUGUCUUUAUUUUUGGGAGUAUUUCUUAAUGGUCUGAUGUAAAGUUGAAAUAAGAAAGAAAGAUGAUGAAGAAAAUGGAACUAUGGAGUUUUGGUGUAUAUCGUUUGGUAAAGCAGCUUUUGCUGAUUGAGCAUAUCAGUAGAGACCAAAUAUUUAUUCAGUGCAUCACACAACAAGAUGAAACCUCAGCUAUAAGAUCAGAAUUCUUAAUCUGGUAAAGGUUUUUACUGUUUGGAGACAUUUGAGCAAGUUGACUGCAAUAUUCUUGGAUGAGAAUCGAUGGGCAAGUUGGCUAUAUCAAACAUCUGAACAGCUUGUCAAAAAAAGGGAAUGUUCAUGAUGGCCAAGAGAACGGUUUGAUGAUCUUUUAUCAUACAUAAAAAGAAAUAUUUUUGAGCCACUUUAUUAUCAAGUGCUAUGUCUUGUUAGUGUUACAGUUUUUAUUUUUAUAUUGUGUAAAUACUCACUGAAUGCUUUUAAAUACAGAAUACAGUAUAGUAAAUAUUAAAUGAAGGCUAAAAUGUCAUAUUUCUGUCAUGCAUUAGAUUGUGGAUACAAUUUGUCAUUUCUCGCACCAGAGGAAUUAGAUUUCCUCUUAGAAUGUUAAAAGUCAGCCAAGCCAAUUAAAUUCUGUCCUCCAAUUGUGUUUUUGUUCUCUCUGCUUUCAUUUAUUCAACAGCGCUGGUGUCCAUCUAAGGAUUCCACUGUUGCAUCUUGUUUUAAUCCGUCCCACAAAUAGAGAAUUAAAGUCAAUAUUAUCAUUCAAGACAUAUUUCAGCACAGCCACACCAAACACUUGAUUAGCUUUGAAAACCCUUCCUAUUUAUAUUUAGUGUCAGCACAACCUGUGAGGCAAAGCAGAGCAAAAACUGUGUUUUGCGAUCCAACAUGUGCUUUCUAUUAGGACACUCCCAGCACCCCAUAGACUUUCCUCUCUGCUUAACUAUUCACAUACUACAUACUGGUGGUUGUGGUCUUUGUUAACUUUAUUUGUUAUGUUUGACAAUUGGCGGGCUGCUUGCUAACACAGGCUAUAAUCCAAUUAGGUGGCAGCCAGCAGUGCAAUAAGCAUUCUUAGUAAGUAAGUGUGAUAAAUAUGAAUGGGCUAUAAUUUCAGGUCAUAAUUCGGCACCACAAUAAUGACUCCACAAUGCCAAUAACAAAAUAUGAAUUUUAGAGGUAAUGUGAGCACCUUAUGUUCAUAUUUGGUGCCCUUUUUAAAGAGAAAAAUACAUUUUUAAAAAAAUAAACGAGUGUAGCCGCGCAUAGAUUUCACUAAUAUUGCAAAGAGCAAUUACUAAUAUACUGUAUUAAACAGACAUCAAUGCCUAUUUUAACCAUUCCAAUAUAUCGCUGUAUCACAAUGUUUGGAAUGACACUUUGUGUAUUUCUUACCGUAUAUUUUUUUAACACUGUUUUGCAUUUACUUGUUAGUAUGCAAAAAUAAGUGGGCAUCAUUUGGACACCAAGAAAAUGUGAAAUAAUCUUUGUAAUCUGCUUAUGACACAUUUUUUUAAUAUAUCUCAUGUAUUAGCAGCAUUUGUAUUUUCUCUGUAAACCAUGAGACAGUAUUUUAGCGAGCAUACGCAAACCACUUUUUCAAUAAAGUCACAUGAAAUUAA